UACCUCUAAUGGGCGUUUCGAGAACGAUCGAUUUUUCGUCAAGAUGGAAAACCUAACAAAGAUAAAGAAGAUAAAUUGACGAUAAUGAUAGUACAUAGGAUGAUUUAUCUUAUCACUUAUCGUCGUUGUAUAAUACACGCUAAAGAUUAACGAGAAAAAAAAUAUCAUCAUAAUCUUGGACAAAUAUUUAUUAAUUAAAAAGUUAAAAUGAGUAAAGAUGCACCUCCACCUGGAUUUGUUCCACCUCCUGCAUAUAACUUAAGUGGUCCACCACCACCAGUACCACCACAACAACAUCAAAAUGUGAUAAUUGUGCCAGGUAUCUCUUUUGGGUCAACUACACAACAAAUGACAUGCCCAUAUUGUGGAAGUAGCAUAUCCACUUCUGUGGAGAGCGAAUCUAAUACAAAGACACAUUUAUUUGCUCUGAUACUUUGUCUUGUCGGAUGUUGGUGUUGUGCACCCAUACCCUAUUGUAUGGAUAGUUGUUUAAUACAGAAGCACUAUUGUCCAUCAUGUAGAGCUUUCUUGGGACAAUCAAGCAAUUGAUUUGACUUAUUAAUACAGAAAUACAUGCUGUUCUUCUAUUUGUCAUUC